AGGGGAAUUGAAUCAUUUUGGUAGAGGGGAUAAUGUAUUCGUGUAACCGUGUUCGUCCAACUCCAUGUUUUGUGUUUAUAACCUGUCAUAUGAUAUAUUCUAGUAAUUGAUGCAUUUAAAUAUACGUUACGAUUAAUCAGUUAUUUAUAGUCAACAUAUUAUUAUUUGAAGUCAAGAAUAAACUCAUUGAAUAAAAUUCUGUAACUACUGUAUAGAAGUAAAGAAAGUAAAGAAAACGAAGGAUAUAAUAUAUGAAAUUAUAACAGAAAAUUACAAAAUAUUAUAAAUUUAUAUAUCUAAUAUUACGAGUAUUAUCGAAUUUUCAUUUUUAAAUUAUUUCAUACAUUUUAACAAAUGACUGUGGAUGGCACUAACAGCAACGAGCAAGUUAUUCUUGUAACAGGUGGUUAUGAUCAUACUAUCAAAAUAUGGCAACCUCAUACUGGAGUUUGUCAACGUACUACGGAACACACAGAUUCGCAAGUUAAUGCUUUAGAUAUUACUCCUGAUAAAUAUUUGAUAGCUGCUGCUGGAUACCAACAUAUAAGAAUGUAUGAUUUAGUUUCAAACAAUCCAAAUCCAAUUAUUAAUUAUGAAGGAGUAUCAAAAAAUAUUACAGGCUUGGGUUUUCAGGAAGAGGGUAAAUGGAUGUAUACAGGUGGUGAAGACUGUUCAGCUCGGAUUUGGGAUCUCAGGUCAAGUAGUUUUCAAUGCCAACGAAUAUUUCAAGUAUCAGCUCCUGUCAAUUGUGUUUGUUUGCAUCCAAAUCAAGCAGAACUUAUUGUCGGUGAUCAAAGUGGUGUUAUACAUUUAUGGGAUCUACGAUCAGAUCAUAAUGAACAAUUGAUACCAGAAGCUGAAGCAUCUGUGCAAGAUGUUGCAAUUGAUCAAGAUGGUACAUAUAUGGCAGCAGUAAACAACAAAGGUCAUUGUUAUAUUUGGACACUUACAGGAGGAGUAGGUGACGAGCCUACGCGUCUUAAUCCUCGUCACAAACUUUCAGCACAUAAACGAUAUGCGCUUCGAUGCAAAUUUAGUCCUGAUUCCACACUUUUAGUAACUACAUCCGCUGAUCAGACUGCUCGAGUUUGGAAAACUACGGAUUUUUCUGAAGUACAAGUACUUCAACAUGAAGCAAAACGAUGGGUCUGGGAUGCUGCAUUUAGCGCAGAUUCACAAUAUAUAUUUACCGCUUCGUCCGAUGGUGUUGCAAGAUUAUGGAAUGUAUCAACAGGAGCAGUAGAACGAGAAUAUCAGGGCCAUCAAAAAGCAGUUACUGCUCUUGCUUUUCGUGAUGAAGUACUUUCUGUUUCCUAAAUGAAUGAUAUAUUUCUUCAAAUUUUUAAAUAAAAUAUCGCAUUUGUACAUUUUUAAUAAUGAAGAAUAUCACUUCAACUUUAAAUUUAUAGUACACUAUCUGUAUUUUCGUUUUUUUUUUGUUUGUUUGUUUGUGCCUUUCUUUUUUUUCUAUUUUUCAAUUAUUAUAUUUAUUUUGAUCUUUAUUGUAUAUACGAUUAUAAUAUGUUCUCUCAUGUAUUUCGAUCUUAAAAUAGAUUUGUUAUUGAUAUUUUCGUUUAUGUAAUCACAACAUGACUUAUAAAUAUCUACAUAACAUUAAUAUUAUCUCAGAAUAUAAUAAUAAAGAUAAAACUGUAAUU